UAUGUUAACACAUUAGCACGCGGUUUUCAAGUUAAACACAUGAAAUAGAAGUUUUUUCUAAAUAUUUAAUUGUUUACCGGUGUUUCAUACACGAAAAAUGGCAAAUAAAAUAUUACUAAAACAUAAAGGUGAUGUUGGUGACUUUUACGAGCCAUCCGAUUCCGAGAAUGAAUACACGGAACGUGAAAAAAAUUUGUUAAAAAAAGUGCGUAAAGGGCGACAGCGGAACACCGAUGCACAGCAAGAAAUUUUGGCAUUUAAACCACAAGAAGAUAGUGAUGAAGAGCAAGACUACGACGACGAUGAUGAUGAUUUGAAUGAAAAUUUUGGUGCAGAGAGUGACAUAGAGGAUGGUGACGAUGACGAUGAAAUUCCCGAUGUUCAUGCCUGGGGUAAAAAUCGUCGUGUCUACCAUUCAACCGACUUUGUCGACCCCGACUAUUCGAGCUUUAAUCAACGCGAACAAGAGCUUGCUGAACAAGAAGAAACUGAAGCACUUGCCAUUCAACAGCGUCUCGCUAAGCAAUUGGAAGAAUCCGAUUUCACGUUGGAUGUUUUUGGUACGACCGAGCCAAAAGAGAGCGACGACAAGAAAAAGAAAUCCGAUGAAAUAUACUUGCAAAAAGAUUUAUCACAAUUGUCGCAACGACAAAGAGAGCAACUAUUUAAAAAGGAAUCGCCCGAAUUUGAGGGUUUAGUGCAAGAUUUUCGGCAACGACUUGCCGAAAGUAUAAAAUUGUUGGAGCCACUUUUAGCGUAUUUCAAAGAGAAUUCCAUUGAAAGUCAUCCGUUGAUUGAAUUUAUCACAAAUCAAAAUCAAUUAAUAUUGAAUUAUUGCACGAAUGUUAGUUUCUAUUUGAUUUUAAAAGCAAAACGUAUUCCCGUUCAAAAUCAUCCAAUUGUGAAGCGAUUGUUCAAAAUAAGACAGUUACUUUUGCAAAUCGAUGAAAAAUACACAACAGUUGUGAAACCACAAUUAGAACAGAUUCAACAGGCCAUUAAAGAUGGAGUUGAAUUUAACAUCGGUAUGGAUGAAGUACCAGCCGAGAAGAAAGAGAAAAAGAAACUUCGAUUUGUACAAGAUCUUGAGAAUGGUAACGAUUCGGAUAGUGAGAUGGAGUCGGAUGAUGAGGAACCAAUUGAAAAGGAUGACGAUUUGGAUUUCAAACAAAAAUUAAAGUUGAUGGAAUCGGAUUCGGAAGGAGAGAAGGGAGAAGAGGAUGAAAACAACGAAGACAUGGACGGAGAAGAUGAAGAACGGCGACAAAUUACAUACCAAAUUGCCAAAAACAAAGGUCUCACGCCAUAUCGAAAGAAAGAAUUACGAAAUCCACGUGUCAAACAUCGCAACAAGUUCCGAAAAGCGCUUAUUCGACGCAAGGGUGCUCAUCGUACACCGCGCAAGGAAAUCAAACGAUACGACGGAGAGAAAUUUGGUAUAUCGGCUCGUGUCAAGAAGGGCAUCAAAAUCAAAUAAAACUAUUGUAUAUUUAGUUUUUUGUUUAAUAUUUUUUAUGCAUUUU